AACAACAACAACACUGACGUCACUUCCGCUACUGCGCAGCAAACAUGGCGCUCCUGCUAAGGACUUUGGCCCGCCAGGGUGUCUGCCUCACCAAACCUCACUACAAUGUCCUCUAUAGACAUGCUGCUCCGAUGGGAAGCACAGCUAAAGAGGAGAUGAACAAGUUUUGGGACAAAAAUGCCAGAUUAAACCGACCAAUGUCCCCACAUAUCUCAAUCUACCAAUGGUCAGUCCCCAUGAUGAUGUCCAUCACACACCGAGGGACUGGAGUUGGGCUCAGUGGAGCCAUUUCAGCCUUCGGCAUGUUGGCGCUGGUGUUACCUGGAAAUUACCCAUACUAUCUGGAUUUGAUCCACUCGUUAUCCAUUGGCCCUUUCCUUAUUGGGUUGGCCAAGUUUGGCAUCGCCUUCCCCGUAUCUUACCACACCUACAACGGCGUUCGCCACUUGUGGUGGGAUAUCGGAAAAGGCUUCAGAAUCCCUGAGGUCUACCGUACUGGUUACACGGUCAUCGGUUUGUCGAUCAUCACGUCCAUAGCCUUGGCUUUGAUGUGAAAACCGGAAGGGAAGACAUGAGCAGAGGCCGUUGAAGAGAAUGAUGACUUGUACUGUCUGCGUUUUGUGUAAAUGUUCUAUCCUGGCCUAAAGCAGGCUUGAUCAUUAAAGUAUUCAAUAAAAUAUUAUAUUGUUCUAUUCACAGAAA